AUGCUGAAGCGGCUUGCGCGACCAUCAGCGGCGCCCGCAGAUGGAACUCCCAACUUCGUCGCCGCCGCCGCCGCCGCCGCACGCGACUCUGCACCGCUGCCAGCCUCGAACCUAUACGGACUCCCGACCGCGCGAGCCAAAGAAGACGAUGAUGCUCUGCGCAAGAUAUUCGACAAUCCAGGAUUCUGGGACGACUUUCAACGCGCUUCUAAGAAGAACCCGCCAACCGGUAUCGUGGGAAACCGCUAUCUCUCGAGCCCCGAGGGCUUCGUCGACUUCGUCACCAUCACGCUCCAAAGAUGCAACGCUGUAGUAGACAAGGUGGCAAGCGCGAGCUGCGUCGAAGAAUACAAAGGCAUGGUGAAGGAGCUAGACAGACUGAGUGACCUUCUCUGCAGGGUCAUCGAUCUUGCCGAUUUUGUGAGGGGAACGCAUCCAAACAGGCAGAUACAGAUCGCAGCGCACAAGGCCUAUGCCAUCAUGUUCCAGUACAUGAACCAGCUCAAUACCACCACGGUACUGAACGACCAGAUCAAAAAGGCAGCCGCAACGCCCGAGGUCUGGGACAGUUGGUCUGAGCAAGAGCGUGUCGUUGCCAACAUAUUAAUCGAGGAUUUUGCAAGAAGUGCUAUAAACCUUCCAGAGGGCAUGCGACAGCGCUUCGUAGACCUCAGUGGCGAGAUUGCACAUGUGGGUACCGAGUUCACCGAGAGAAUGGGUCCGGAAACAAGCCAUUUGCGGUUUGACAGCAAGAGGAUGAAAGGUCUGGAGCCGAACAUGGCACGCGCGCUCACAAAGUGGGGAGAGACCAAGAUUGGGACCAUGAACCACGAGGCUCAGAUGGCCCUACGAUAUGUGGAAGACGCCGAAAUUCGAAGAGAAAUCUACAUGGCCGUUCGAACGGCAAACAAGCCGAGUAUCUCGAGAUUAGAGGGCUUGUUGAAGAGUAGAGCAGAGCUGGCCAAAUUGUCCGGCUACGAAACCUUUGCGCACAUGACUUUGGAAAACAAAAUGGCCAAGUCUCCUGAAGCUGUCAAUCAAUUCCUAAACGCUUUGAUGGCGGACAACAAGCACAAGGUGAACGAAGAGCUGGAUGAGCUACUAGAGCUCAAACGAGCAGACGCGCACUUAGACAAUGCCCCGGACAGAAUCAAUGCCUGGGACAGAUAUUACUACACAUCUAAGCUGCUCUCGAGCAUGGAUACCAAGAUCCGGACGCCGGAUUUCUUGUCAGCCUAUUUUUCCGUCGGGACGGUCAUGCAAGGCCUGUCGAGGUUGUUUGAUCGCUUGUACGGCAUCCGGCUUGUCCCUCGCGAGACACAACCCGGCGAAGUUUGGGAAGACGGAGUGCGGCGACUGGAUGUUGUCUCUGACACGGACGGUCACAUUGCUGUGCUGUACUGCGACCUCUUUUCCCGCGACGGCAAAACUCCAAAUCCAGCCCACUUCACAUUGCGCUGCUCACGAGAGAUUCUCCCUUCGGAGGUUGAAGAAAUGAGCCAGCUGACUCAUUCAUUCUCUUCGCCAGUGGAAGCUGCCACAGACGGCAUGGCCGUCGCAUACAACAAGGGGACUAAUUCGUACUUCCAGCUACCUACCAUAGCGUUGAUAUGCGAUUUCUCCCGCCAACAGAACCGUCCAACCCUCCUCAACUUCAACGAUGUGCGCACCCUCUUCCACGAGAUGGGUCAUGCACUCCACUCCUUCCUCGGACGCACCUCCCUCCAAAACGUCUCAGGCACGCGAUGCGCCACUGACUUCGCCGAACUACCCUCCGUCCUAAUGGAGCACUUCGCUUCCUGCCCCAGCGUCCUCGGUCUGUUCGCGCGCCAUUGGGAAACAGACGCUCCCCUCCCCAUGGCCGCUCUCGAAAAGCGUCUAGCUAUCGAUAUCAAGACACAGCCCGCAGAAACAGAGGCCCAGAUUCUCCUCGCUAUGCUCGAUCAAGCAUACCAUUCCCAGACUCCGCUAUCCCCCAACUUCGACUCUUCAAAGGUCUAUCACGACAUCUACAAUGCGAACGCCUCCAUUCCCGAGCCCGCUGGCACCGCAUGGCAAGGCUUUUUCGGGCAUCUUUUCGGAUACGGUGCAACGUACUACAGCUACCUUUUCGACCGUGCCAUCGCGGGUAAGAUAUGGAGCGAUGUAUUUCAAAAGCCAGGAAAGCAAGGCAGCGUAGAGAGAUCCAACGGUGAGAAGUACAAGAACGAGGUAUUGAAGUGGGGCGGUGGAAGAGACGGGUGGAAAUGUAUCGCGGGUGUCUUGGGGGACGCAAGGCUCGCUGAGGGUGGAGAAGAGGCUAUGAAGGAGGUGGGAAAAUGGGGCGUGAGGGACCCGGGAGCUUAA